UGACAGAUGAUUCGAUUGACUCAAUUCAGUUGCCGAUUACGAGUUUUGUUGUUGUUAUAUGUUAAGCAAAAAAUUAAGUUAUUUUAAAUAAUAUUAUUACAUAAUUACACUUAUCCAAAUACCUCAAUUUUUUUAUAAUGCGUUUCAUAGUAAAGCAAAAUGGGUGUGGUAGUGAACGUAUUGGUCGCUUAACGGGUUUCUUCAAGUUUCCUGGUGCUGUAAUUGAAACUCCGACUUCUGCACUUUUUACCCAAGGUGGAAGCGUUGUGCAUUUAACAUCAGAUGUGCUGUCACGGGUGUUCUCCAGUCCUAAACUUUUAUGGGUUCCUCUUUCCAAUUCAAUUCAACUAGAAAAUGGUGUCAAAGUACAAAAUGAUGGAGUAGCAAAGUUUGCUGGUUUGCCGGGACAUGUGGCUUGUGCAACAUUAAAUAAUUUGUCUGAAGUAACACCAUCUGGACACUUUGAACCUAACAAAGUGCCACUGUGGACAAAAAAUGGGAAAAAAAUGUUAUCAGCUAAUAGAUAUAUGGAUGUAAUGGAAGUUUUCAAACCAGACAUAAUUUUGGCGAUUGCAGAUGGCCGGACGGCUCUCAAUGAAGGCUCUAAGAGGGUAUCGAAGGCUGUGAACAGAACAAGUCAAAUGCUAAAUGAAUGUGUAGAUCGUUAUAAAGCUGCCAAAGAACUACAAAACAGUACUCUUGUUGGUGUAAUCGUUGGUGCGGCAAAUCCGAAAAAAAUCGAUGAAUGUGUACAAAAUGUUUUGAAACAUGUUGAUACCUUAGGAGGAAUAGCACUGGAAGGUAUCACAGAUGGUACUGUUGAAUCAAUGGAUCUAAAUAUAAAGACGUUAAAUGAAGUUUUCGAGAAAGUCGGUAAUGCAAUUCCCAAAAAUUUGUUUCAUAUAAUAGAAGGGUGUUGGAAUCCGACCGUAAUAUUAUCUGCUAUUGAAUAUGGUUGGGACGUGUUUGAUGGCUCUUACCCGGUGAAGCUGACUAACGCUGGUAUCGCUUUGAAACUUAGUUUUGAUGUUACCAAAGAUAAUGAUACAAUGUAUUUAUUGGACAUGGUUGAUCAAAGAUAUAAGGAAGAUUUCACUCCUAUUUUAGAAGACUGUGAAUGCCUUGCGUGUAAGAAGCACACCCGUGCUUAUAUUCGGCAUUUAUUAAAUACGCGUGAAAUGUUGGCUUCAGUUUUAUUAAGCAUUCACAACCUUCAUCACUUCGACCAGAUGUUCUUUUACAUUCGUAAACACAUUGCCUCAAAUACGUUUGCAAUAUUCAAGCAACAUAUAACAAAGCAGUGUGAAAUGUUGAAGACAUUCGCACCAGAUCGAUAUAAGGGCUUAAACGAAGCCAUAGACAAGCAAACAUUUCAGAAAAAUAAGAAAAUACGAGUGAGUGAAGUACUGAGUAGCGGCUUAGUUAGUAAUAAUUGUACUUAAAUAGUUUUAUUAGAACAUCCGCCUUGUAAUUAUUGUAUUUUGUUUUUAUUUUGAAUAGAUAAUUAGCUUUGAAACCGUUUGAUGUGAUUAUAUAUAAGUAGUUUUUGUAAAUAAGGGUUCAUUUACAAAUUAAGCUAUUCUUACUAAAAAAAUAUUGAAGUGGAAGAAAAUAUAAGUGUUUGAUAGAAGCAAAUUUUAUACAAAGGAUUCAUUAUUUGGUUGUCGGUGCUAAUAAGACGGAGUUAAUUUUAUUUUUAAGUUCAGUGAAUGUU